AUGGCAAAGCAAAUAGUUUAUAUGUUAUCGUUGAUGGCAUUCAUAUUGGCGUACGUGUUUUCGACGAUUGAUGCCGAUAACUAUGGAGGGGAAAACAAACGAAACAAAAACAUCUAUCGUCCAUCUGAGUAUUCGGAUAAAAGCAGCGACAGUGGAGACAGUAACGACUACGGGAUUGGAGAUUGGCUUGUGUUUAUCCUCUCAAAGAAAUACAAUCGUUAUCCACAUAAAUAUUCGGAUCAAGAUAGCAAUAGUGACUCUAGCGAUAGUGACUCCAGCGACAGUGACUCUAGCGAUAGUGACUCCAGCGACAGUGACUCUAGCGAUAGUGACUCCAGCGACAGCGACUCCAGCGACAGCAGAGACAGUAACUACUACGGGGAGUCUUCUGGACGUCACGGAGAAUAUUCACCACGCAAGGCUGAACAUAAACAAUAUCCAGAAAAAAAGGAAUCAUAUGAAGCGAAACCACACAAAAGCUACAAAUCAACUACAGAACAGCCAACUACACAAAAACCAACUACAGAAAAGCCAACUACACAAAAACCAACUACAGAACAGCCAACUACACAAAAACCAACUACACAAAAACCAACUACAGAAAAGCCAACUACACAAAAACCAACUACACAAUACAGUAACAACUACGGGAGUGGAGAUCGAGAUGAUGAAUACAACCGUCGUCCACAGAAAUAUUCGGAUAAAAGCAGUGACAGUGGAGACAGUGACGACUACGGGGAGUCUUCUAGACGUCACAGCAAAUAUUCACCACGCAAGCCUGAACAUAAACAAUAUCCAGAAAAAAAGGAAUCAUAUGAAGCGAAACCACACAAAAGCUACAAACGAACUACACCAAAACCAACUACAGAAAAGCCAACUACACAAAUACCAACUACGCCGAAACCAACUACGCCGAAACCAACUACGCCGAAACCAACUACACAAGCAGCAACUACGGAAGAAACAGCUAGUUAUAGUCAAGAAGAAACGGAACCUGUUCAAGAGUCAUCUGAGGGUUGGUAA